AUGAACAAACAAAAAUUUGGCAAUGGUGCUCCUCCGCCGUACGCAGAAUCUGUGUCAAUCGGCCUGUCCUUCACCGCCGACCGGGGACACAGCGAGCCCAUGAAGGUGUGCAUGGAGGGGGAAUAUCGGUCACCUGAUUUUGAAAUCACCAUGGUCAACGGAGUGCCUCUCUUCCAUAUCGAAACCGAAUCGACCUUGAUCUACCAUGUCACGUAUAUCAAGGACCUCAGGCCGAACGCACCUGGGGGAAUCGCUCACACAAUCAAAAGGAAAACCGAUGGUGACAGAUGGCAUUAUUCGGCUUGUGCACCAGGGAAGGAUGGCACCCAGUACCUGGAGAUUGAGACGACAUCGAAAAUAUUGGCGAACGCAUCCACGAAGCUCGUAUUCCGAAGCACGGCUGACGGCGAGCUCGAUGCCAUUUACUUGAAGAUGGCAGUCACGGGCGGCCGUAGAACGGCCGUGGUGGGAUAUCAAGGAAAGCGGAUCGGACAGAUCCUGCAAGCCGGCAAGGACGAAGAACCCAAAUUCAACCUUGUCAUCGAUGUCCCUGGAGUUGACCCGCUCCUCUUCGUGUGCCUUGCAUAUGUGUUGGAUGACCGAUUGAUGACUUCACGGAGACGAUUGAGGAGGCCAUUUGCUUCAGGCCUUCCGGGUGUUGGUAAAGGUCCCGGAGCAGGGUUAGCCGGAGCAUAUGCAGUUGGCGGAGCAAUCUGA